AUGGCUACAGCUGCUGAGAACGCCUCACCGAUUGGCAUUGCCAAUCUCCCCAACCAGCGACACAAGAUUGUCGCGAAACGUGGUGCUAGCUUCACCAUCAUGGUUGCUGGCGAGUCUGGACUCGGCAAGACCACCUUCAUCAACACCCUCUUCUCCACCACCAUCAAGAACUAUGCCGACCACAAGCGCCGUCACCAGAAGCAGGUUGACAAGACCGUCGAGAUCGAGAUCACCAAGGCCGAGCUCGAGGAGAAGUUCUUCAAGGUCCGACUGACCGUUAUCGACACCCCUGGCUUCGGCGACUACGUCAACAACCGCGACUCUUGGAUGCCCAUCAUUGAGUUCCUCGACGACCAGCACGAGUCCUACAUGCUUCAGGAGCAGCAGCCCCGUCGCCAGGACAAGAUCGAUCUCCGUGUCCAUGCCUGCCUGUACUUCAUCCGCCCUACCGGCCACACCCUCAAGCCUCUCGACAUUGAGGUUAUGAAGCGCCUUUGCUCGCGCGUCAACCUGAUCCCCGUCAUCGCCAAGGCCGAUACCCUCAGCCCUGCCGACCUGGCCAAGUUCAAGCAGCGAAUUGUCUCUGUCAUUGAGGCCCAGAACAUCAAGAUCUACCAGCCCCCGAUCGAGGAGGACGAUGAGGCCGCUGCUCAGCACGCCCGCAGCCUCAUGGCCGCCAUGCCUUUCGCCGUCAUCGGUUCCGAGAAGGACGUCAAGACUGGCGACGGCCGCAUCGUCAAGGGUCGCCAGUACUCGUGGGGUGUUGCCGAGGUUGAGAACGAGGACCACUGCGACUUCAAGAAGCUCCGCUCCAUCCUGAUCCGAACUCACAUGCUCGACCUCAUCCACACCACUGAGGAGCUGCACUACGAGGCCUACCGCGCCCAGCAGAUGGAGACUCGCAAGUUCGGCGAGGCCCGACCCCGAAAGCUCGACAACCCCAAGUUCAAGGAGGAGGAGGAGGCUCUCCGAAAGCGCUUCACCGAGCAGGUCAAGAUCGAGGAGCAGCGCUUCCGACAAUGGGAGCAGAAGCUCAUCUCGGAGCGCGACCGCCUCAACAAGGAUCUCGAGCAGACCCAUGCUCAGAUCAAGCAGCUCGAGGCCGAGCUCGAGUCCAUGCAGGGCAGCGCUGUCCGCAGCCACGGCCGCCGCUAA